CAACGGCGAAACGAAACUAGUUUUUAUCCGACAGUGCAGCUAACCGCACGUCGCGUUCGCGUCCGAUCUCACACAAAACUUUCACGAGGUUUCGUUCCGCGGUUCCGAGUUAUGUGCGCGAGUGCACGCUUCACUAAUAAUCCUCGCAGCGGUUCUUGACAGUGCCAAUGUCUCCCAGCUUGGAAGGGAUCAUGUUCAACAGGAACGCGAACUUAUCUGCGCGCCGGCCGUUGCUCGCGGAACCGCAAAAGCCUAUUGUAGUGCCUCCGCGAGCUCCACCGAGGGAUUACGGGCCACAGAGACCUCUACCCGCGCCGAGGAACUUACAAAACGGGAACACGUUCGAGCAGCCGAAUGAAUACUACAAGCUAUCGAAUGUUGAACUCGAGAGGCGGUUGCAAGAAACCCGCGCUCGGGAAAAGGUCGGCUACUUUCAAGACAAAGUGACUGUGCCAGAUUUGAGCUUAGACCGCCGGGAAGCCGAGCUUGUGUUCAGGUUUGAUCCUCACACUUCAGCCGAGUACUUGUCUAAUCAGUACAGUGCACCCGCAGUGCAGUAUGCAAAGCCACCAGUAGCGACCAACGGGUUUACUAACCGUUUACCGAAGCGAGACGGGCCUUUUGUGUUUGGAGUUCAUAGCCCGAGCCAAUUCCCCAUUUCGCGGCGGGAUGAGGACGACUAUGACUACUCGGAGGUGGCGGAAGAUACGAGCCGUAAUGUGAUUCGGGAUGACGAAUCAGGUGACUUGAAUUGUUGUGAUAAAAUGAACGAAUGGACAGUGCGUGAUAAAAAGAGUAGAUUAAAUCGAAUGUUUCAAAUAAAAGAUAGACGGAAAGUGAAAUGUGGUAAAAAGGAGAAGAUAAAGUGUGUUUUGGUCGGUGAUGGGGCUGUGGGGAAGAGUUCUCUGAUAGCUGCUUACGCGCAGGAUUCCUUUAGAGAGGAGUACCAGCCGACAGCCUACGACACAUUUAAUGUUGUGGUGGACGUGGACGACCGACCGGUCUGUGUUGAAAUCUGUGAUACUGCGGGACAGGACUCUAUGUCAGAGCUUCGCGAGUUGUGCUACCCGGGCACCGAUGUGCUAAUGUUGUGCUUCUCCGUCGUGCGACCGGAAACUUUCCGGUCUGUCGCCGACCGGUGGACGCGUGCGGUCGCUAAUGUGAAUGCGCCCUUAAUACUAGUCGGAACACAGAGUGACCUGGCGCUUGAUGGGAAAGUUCUACACAAUUUACGAAGUCGUGGUGAACAACCUGUAACAGAAAUAGAAGCAAAGGUUUUAGCAGCGAAAAUAAAUGCGGCCUACAUAGAGACAUCUGCUAAAACGAGGAAACAAUUAAAGGACGCCUUUGACGCCGCCAUCUUGGCUGGGCUGCCAGUCGUACAAACGAAAAAACCUAUAUGGAAAAAAUUGUUAUGUAUUAAUUAAAUAUUGCAUAUAUUAGGGCAAGAGAAAAAGUAAUUAUAUUUUUGAAUAGAGGAGGAAACAAUAAAUCUUUAACAAUUUAUAACGACGCAAAAGUUAAGGUGACACUGAGUGCCGGCGACCUUGAACGAUAUGAGUUCAUUUAAGGGCCGCUCGCCAUCUAUGUAACAAUGUAGUAAAAUAAAACAAAACGCAUAGACCUUAUAGAAGAAAGUGGAAACUAAUAAUACCACACGCGCACUUAUUGGACUCUGAUAUGCAAGUGUAAGCUGUGGCAACGACGCAGUUUGUGCAUUAUCGUUUGCAAACCAUAGUGAAGGGCGUGAUCAUAUUUUCGAGCAAAAUUAUUGCGUGGAAAACGUAACAUUUUAACAUGCGCGAACAGUUUAUAUGUUUACAAUCCUUGUUAUUGAUUACUAAUUAAUUAUAAUAUUAUAUUAUAAUGAUUAAAUGUACCUACACAAAAAAGUACAAGCUAUAAGAAUUACCCUUCUGAAUUUCAUACGAAUCAAAUGAGUCAUGCCGAGAAAAAACUUGUUUAACUGUGAAGAAAAAUGGUAGUUAAAAAAAGCUCUAGUGUGUUAACUAUAACCAACAGAAAGCAUUGGCAACCUGCAAAUAAGACUUAGGGAUAUGAGUAACAGGAUUAAGUAAUGUUCAUAGCUCCAAGUGCUAUAUUUUCACCAUAAAACUUGUCGAAAUAUACCUCGUUUGCGUAAUUUCUGUUUACCCUUCGCCUUAAGUGCCAUGUGCAGAUGGCACGUCUGAUGGCACAAACAUCUCCAAACGGGUUUCAACUAUAAUGAUUGAAGUGUUAUUGUUGCCAUUGGAAUAGAUAAAGUUUUAGUAAAUUUAUGUUACAGUGGAAUUCAUUAGCACUUCGUUUUACGUAAGCAUUAUUUUAAUUGCUAUUAGUCCCAAAUAAACACAUCUUUAAAUAAAUAUUGCAAAUGAUGAUAAUUAUUUUAUAAAAUAUGACGACAGAAUAUAUUUUUUCCUAUGUAACUAUACAUAAACAAUAUGUAUUUUAUGUUAUAGAUGCCUAGUUAGGAAGUGCCUUAAAAUGUAUCGAGUUUUUAAUACUAAUAGUAACUGUUAGUUGUGGAGAGAGUUUGUUGAUAAUGUAAAUAUAUUAUUUUAGGGAACAGAACAAAUAGUUGAAGUAGCAUAUGCAAUGUAUAACUAAAUAUAUAUAUUUUUUGUUUAAUAAUUGUUAAUCUGAUACAUUCUGGACUAGUUUAUAUCUUUUAUUGCCAAUAACGUCUACUAAUAAUUAAAGUAAAUUAUAAAAAAGUCAUUAUUUUUAUUAAACAUUCGUACCUUAAAAUCCGUUUCAUUAAAACUUUUUCAUUUUCUCAUCUUAAUUUUCUGUUAUGGUUUUAUUUAGAUGCAUAACAGCACAUAAUAUAUUCAAUUUUGUAUUUUAAUUGUUACAAAACGCUCAUUACAACACACGCGGGUGAGUCUAGUGAAUAGUAUAAUAUACAGAAAUGUCAUGAUGAGGGAUGAUAUGAAUUUUUCCACCACUUUUAGUGAAUAGGUAUUAUUGUAAGAUGCUCUUGUACAUAGACAAUGAAUAAAUUAUGUUUACUUAUUAUAAAAUAAACUGCAAAAUUUUAGAUGUAUAUAAGUAUUAAAUGUUUGUAAAUGUUGUUUUGAUACUCAACGCGACUGAUGAUUAUAUUUUAUUACGUCAAA